AUGGACGGCGGGCGCCAUUACGAAAGUCUUAUUGAGAAAAUGGUAGGGGCGCCGGCGUUUGAGCCUGAGCUUCCCGAGUGUGACGACGACGCUUUUUUACAAGAGAACAACGUUUACUCCUCUAGGGACAAAUGCCUUGAUGCGGUCGAGGAGUACGCAUUGUUCCACGGUUUCGGGAUUUACCACGAGACGGUGCGGAAGAACUACGCUCUCAUCAUCUGCAAAGCAACCGCAAUCGGUUAUACUCCGGCUUGCGAGUGGUACUGCGAGUACGGAAAGGACAGAGAUACUGGCCUGUGGGUUAUCAGAACCCUUAGCGAUCACCGCGUGCAUACAUGUCCGCCGGACCUGAAGGCUCGUGUGGAUGUUUACUACCGUCUCAAGGCCGUCCACCUUGCAUGUAGGCUACGAGAGCUGAUCAAGACGGAGGUGUACGGGGAUUGGCACGACUCUUUCCGACUGUUCCCGACGCUCGCGAAACGGUUCAAGACAAUUGACCCACAUUCAUCGGUGAAGAUCCUCACGUACAACGGCCACUUCCAUCGGAUUUUCGUGUCCCCUUCGGCGUCUAGGGUGGCGUUGCAGCACUGCAGACCCGUCGUCGCGCUGGAUGGCACCUUUCUUCUAAAUCUCUUUACCAAGACGUUCCCCGAAUGGAUGGAGCGGGAGAACGCUGCGAUCAUCAGCGACCGGGACAAGGGUUUGGUCCCUGCAGCUAAGGAGUUUCUCCCCGACACCAUUCCCCACUACUUUUGCGGGUGGCACCUGGAGCAGAACAUCCGGCGGUGGGGAACUGACGCGAAAAUCUUCUUCUGGCGCAUGCUGAAGGCCCGCUUGUUGCCAAAGUGGAAGGCUCUCUUGAGGGAGGCGCGCGUGGACUUCUCAAAAAUGGCCGACUACCUGUUUAGGAAGGAGGAGAGGCCACGUGCACCGCCCGGGGGGGUAGGGUCAUCCGCCCCGCCCCCCGCCAGCAACCCUGAAGAGACAACCCAGGAGGCUCGUGCCCGGAUUCGCCAGCGGGCCCGUAUGAACCGUCGUGCACGGGCCCAGCGUCUUCGUCAGCGCAAGGCAGCACAGCGGCGGGCUGCGAGGAGGACGGCGACAGAUGGGACGGCAGGGGUUGCCGAGGAGGAGGAGGUGGAUGGUGGGAGUGACGCUGCAGCGGCUGGGGCGGCGGGAGAUGUGCAUGCGGAGGAUGGAGCGGAUGCGGAUGACGCAGCAGAGAAUGGGGCGUCUUGUCUUAACGACACACAGGAUGGGCCUGCUUGGAAUGACCAGGCAAGGGACGGGGCGGCUGUAGAUGACGGUUCAGAGGAUGGGGAGGCUGGUAAUGGCCCAGCUGGAGCGCCCAGCGAGGCGGCACCCGACACCAGGGCCCCACGUCCAGCUCGGGGUCCCCUCAUCGUUGUCCCGACCCCCCCUAACCUGGAGGCACGCCGCCCGCCGUUCGACAUCGACAACAUCAUACUGUCAGCCCGCAACAACUAUUUCCCUGGUCAUGGGCGACGGUACGCUGCGGAUGGAGUUGGAACAACCCAAGCUUUGCUCCCUCCACUAGUGGAUCCAGCAGGGCCGGCUGCUGCGGCAGGAACGGGGGCGGCCGCCAACGAGACACCCGGAGGCGACGCAGCUGGGACGGGUGCCCCUGCCGCAGAUAUGCCUGCUGCAGAACCGGAUCUCACACAACCAUGUCCUGAUCUCGGCGAGGGUGUCCAGGCUGGGACCGACGAGGACGUCAUUGGGGAGGGUCUGGACUAUUUCACAACCGACGAGAACGUGUUCUCCAAUCCGUCCACAUCUCGUCCACAGCGGCCGGUAGAGGAUGACGGCCCUGCUCGAGCGCGAACAGGCUUCCAUCAGAACAAGGCUGGCUCGAAGUACCGCAUUGGGAUCCACCCAAAGCAUUGGGCACGGGUCUACGCCAGUACCGCACGCUACGGCAUAUACACCAGCAACGCGGCCGAGUCCGUCAACUCUGCCAUCCGCCCCAUUCGGCAACUGCCGCUCGUGUACCUGAUCGCCGCACUCUGA